CCAACCAACUAAGCGUCUCAAAUUGCACGAAAAUCAUCUCUUAGCUUGAUACGCCCACUCGCCCGAGCUAUAUCGAGCAAAGCUAGUCGUUACAAUGCCUCCAAAACAAGCUAAGCAACGACCUUCGGGCGGCGCGGCGGCAGCCGCAGCAGCUUCCCCGCGAGGGCGGCCACCGGCGGCGGUGACGGCGGCGGCGGCGAGGAGGAACAGGCCAAGCGACGUACAGCCAGGCGACCCCAUCCCGCAAGGCAAAAAGCGCCGCUACCGCCCCGGCACCCUCGCGCUCAAGGAGAUCCGCCGCUACCAAUCCAACACGGAUCUCCUCAUGUCCAAGCUCCCCUUUGCGCGUCUGGUCCGCGAGAUUGCCCUCCAGUUCCAACCGUCGCGCGAGGAGCUGCGGUGGCAGUCGCAGGCGAUCCUGGCGCUCCAGGAGUCCGCCGAGGCCUUCCUCGUCCACCUCUUCGAAGACACCAACCUGUGCGCGAUCCACGCCAAGCGGGUCACCAUCAUGCAGAAGGACAUCCAGCUCGCGCGGAGGAUACGCGGGGUCUGGGGCGGCGCCGGGUGGAUAUGAGAUGCGAGGGGGGAGGACGGCCUUUUCCCCCGUUUCUUCGCCCGAAUAGUGGCUCUCUUUUGAGCCGCGUGGACUUUUUGGGCAGUCAGGGGAGGGCCGAUGGGGGGGCCAAGGGCUUUGGUGUGUUCCUAUCUGGCGUUUGGCUGAUGCAGGAGUUACUGCGCGGUGCGGAAUCUGGGCUGGCUCGCUUUUCCAGC